AUGACCUCAUACGGCGGUUUUAGCAAGACCUCUUACGGCGCUCAAGGCGGCGAGGACGGAGGAGGCUUUGUCUAUGGCGGGUCCCAGCCAGGUAGUCAAGGUGCUCAGGGCGGACAGAAGGGCUUUGCCGACGAGUCUCUCCGCCCUGUGACCAUCAAGCAGCUGCUCGACCUCGAGGAGGCCUACCCAGGCGCCGACUUCCAGAUCGACGGCCACCAAAUCACACAGGUGACCAUUGUCGGGCAGGUGCGCUCCAUCAACCCGCAGCCGACCAACAUCACGUACCGUCUGGACGACGGCACAGGCACCAUCGACGUCAAGAAGUGGGUCGACGCCGACAAGCAGGAGGAUGCAGACCCCAAGUACGAGCUAGACCAAUACGUUCGCGUAUGGGGGCGCCUCAAGUCCUUCAACGGCAAGCGCCACAUCGGUGCUCACUUCAUCCGCGGCGUCGACAACUACAACGAGGUCACCUACCACCAGCUGGAGGCCACCUACGUGCAUCUAUACUACACCAAGGGCCCACUGGAUGCCGACGGGCAAAAUGGGAAGAUGAAUGGCGCCGACGGCAAUGCAGGCGCCGGUGAUGGCAUGUUUGUGGACCAGUAUGGCGGGCAGAACGCAAAGAGUGAGGAGACGGCCAAGUUGGGCGCCUGCGGGCCAAAUUCGAGGAAGAUGUAUCAGUUCCUUGCCAACACCCCGGGCGGAAAUGAGGGUGUGCACCUGAACCUCAUCGCGAGCAGUACGGGGCUGGCGACCCGAGACAUCUUGGGCGCGGCGGAUGAGUUGCUUUCUCAGGGCCUGGUGUACACUACGGUCGAUGACGAGACGUGGGCAAUACUUGAGUAUUGA